GAUUCCAUCACUGUCUUUCAGGAGCUGAAGGAGCUGCUGAGGAAAAACGCCACAGUGGAGUCGUUCAUUGAGUGGCUCGACUCUGUGGUUGAGCACAAAGUCAUCAAGCCGGGAAAACAAAGCGGUCGGUCGGUGAGGAAGCGGGCUCAGGAUUUCCUCCUCAGAUGGAGCUUCUUUGGGGCCCGAGUGAUGCACAACCUCACACUAAACAACGCCUCCAGCUUUGGGUCCUUCCACCUGAUCCGGAUGCUUUUGGACGAAUACAUCCUGCUUGCUUUGGAGACCCAGUUCAACAACGACAAGGACCAGGACCUGCAGAACCUGCUGGAGAAAUACAUGAGAAAUGCAGACGCCAGUAAAGCUGCCUUCAUGGCCUCGCCCAGCUCCUGCUUCCUGGCCAAUCGCAACAAACCCUCAGGUCCUGCCGACCAAUCGGUGAAGAACGAGUCUCUGGCAGAACACGCCUACAUGUCUCUGUCCACCAAUCGGCAUCAGAGUCUGGAGGCGAAACCGGUCCUCUACCCGGGAACCGACAGCUCCGGGUUCACGGUGUCAGUGAACCGAGGCUCCGUCAUCAACCAGGGGCCCAUGGCAGGGAGGCCCUUGGCUUCUUCUUCUCCUCCUUCUUCCUCCACCUACUCCACCUCCCUGUCCUCCUGCCUCUCCUCUCUGGGAGUGAUGACCCAGCCCAGCCCCUGUCCAUCUUACUCAGAGAACCUGUAUCACUGUUUACCUCAGACCAGUUCCGGUUAUUUCCCGCCCUCCAGCAGCUCCUCCAGCCAAAACUACCAAACUAUCAGUUCUCAGACCCAGAAUCAGUGUCUGACUCCACUCCAGGCUCAGGCCUCCCCUCUGACCUGCCACCUGCCCCGAUACCCCCCCAUCAACGACCAGCACCUGACCAAAGACCCCUUCUACAACCCCCACCCCGCCCUGGUCCACCACUACAGCCCCGGUCCAGACCCGGCUCAGGCCGAGCAGCAGCUGGACUCGGCCGCUCAGAUCCUGGACCCCGCCGAGGGUUUCGGCUUUGUGGGAUCUGGGCUGAACCUGGCAACCGGUGGCUGCCAGGGGCAGAGCUACUCUGUCACGGGACACAGCGGAUAUUACGGCGGGUACCUGGACGGCCAGCGCUUGACCUCGAUGGUGGACCAGCACGUGUCCGUUAUCAGCAGCGUCGGCAGCCUGAGGCAUUUCCCCUCCAGAUUCUCCGAAGUCCACGACCCGCUGAACAUCCUGGACGAGCCGGGCCGGAAAACCACGGCGGGGUUUUUCAGCGAGGUGGAAACCGGAGCAGGCAUCAUGAGUCAGUUCCAAUAA